AUGGACCAGUGUGUGUCCACAGCUCCUCCCCGAUUCCCCAUAGCAUAACUGGGAACAUUUAAACAAAACUCUGCAGAAAAGGGAGGGACACUCAAGGGGAAUUUGCUGCAGAAGGAAGCACCUACCACCUCUGAAAAUGAACAUCAUAUUCAUUUGUUCACAUUGCUGGUUCUCUUCCAUGUGACAGUGUUGCUGAGGAACCGCAGGAUACAAGGGGUUUCUGAAGACUGGAAAAAGGCAAACAGCGUAUUUUAAAAGUAAAAAACUCCUUCUUUCUCCCACUGUAGGCUUUUUGUGUUUUCAACAUACCCAGCCUCACUUGGAAAAAUAAAAAUAAAAAUAAAGCACCCACUCACAUGAGCAGCCAAGUUUCAGAUACCAGUAGGCACGGGCUCUUCCAAAUGUCUCCUGUUCUGGAGAUGUUCGCAGUCCUCAAAUAAAAACUGAAACAAACAAGCAAACAAAAAAAAAUAAAAUCUCACUACCAAAUACCCUAGGAACAAGACUUAAACUCUAUUUGGAAAUUGAAUUUCUUCCAUAGUCAAUCAAUAUUUAAUAAAGAGAG